UUCAGGAGUGUAUACAUAAGUCAUGAUCAGACAGAAGCAUUUUUAAAUUCGUAUAAUGACUUCAGAAUUCAUUCACCCAGCUAAUCAAUUCAGUAUAUGCACUAAAAUAGAAUUUUCCUGUUAUAGAAUACAGUCCACGGAUGGGUCACACAUGAUUUUAACAGAUGAGAUAGAGCAUCUUUUAAAAAUUUAGAAGUCACCAUGGCAAUAUUAAGUUUAGCAAUUUCAAAGUCCAACAGGCAGUGUAUUUUCCCCAUGCUUUAGUAAGCAUCUGUAGCAAGUGGAUGUGGGUUCUCUAACUGCAAUGCAAUUAGAACUAGAACCUUGUAACUACAAAAAGCAAUUAUGAAAUAUGCUCCGUCCAUAGUGUGAUUAUUUCAAACCUGAAUCUGUCCAAGUGAUACUUUUUUUUUCAACAACUAGCUCUUACUUGAAAGAGUGGUAGAGAAAGAUACUCCGCUCCCCAAAUGGCCGGGAGAGAGCCACUUCACUCCCCAAAUGGCCACGAGAGUCGGGGGCGAGCCAAGCUGAAUUCUGGAGCCGGCCAAGUCUGCGACACUUGUUUUCGCUGCACUGCCUCCUCCCAGGCACAUUAUCCUGGAAACCAGAUCAGAAGCAGAGCAGUCGAUCUGAACUACUGGCGCUCGGAGAUGGGAAACCGGCACCCGAGCAAGCAUUAUUAACGAAGAGAGCGCAACAAGCAGUCGUCAAAGCCGUGCGCAACGGAGGAUUUGCGGCGCUGACACCCCACAGACUAGAGCCAUCGUGGUCUCCGUAUCCUAACAAAGAGGCGCAGGGAAUUGUGGGAAAUGUAGUCCCACCCUCCCAUGACUUCACCAGGGCAGGGCCCAGGGAAAACUCUUCCAGAUUCCUUCUGCGCAUGUGCCUCCCCGCCCACUCCCGCCAUCUUCCUCCAGGAAAUUCCAGAUGCUCGGCUCUGUCCACGGUGUUGUGCGGACUCUGCGGUUGGAGACCGUCCCGGAAGGUAGAACUCUAGAGUCUUCACACCUGUUUCCAAGUGCAGAGAAAACAAUGAAUCCAUCUCCAGUAUUUGUGUCAUUUGAGGAUGUGGCCGUGUCGUUCACCUGGGAGGAGUGGCAGGAGCUGGACAGUGCUCAGAGAACUCUCUACAAGGAGGUGAUGCUGGAGACGUACAGCAGCCUGAUGUGCUUGGGAUGUUGCAUUUCCAAACCAGAGGUUAUCCUCAAGUUGGAACAGGGAGCAGAGCCAUGGAUUGUGGAAGACCCCCUAACCCAGAACCUGCCAGUUAUCCAACAAAUAGAUGACCAGAUUGGGACCAGUCGUGAAAUUCAAGACAUGAUUAUGUGGCAAGUUUUAUUCACAAACAAUAGCACGUCAGUCAAGGAGAGGGAUGAAUUAGGGGAACCACUUAAUUUAAAAUCCAGCCAUAUGUCAACAUUGAUAAUGAAAGAUGGGAAUUAUGCAGGAAUGGGGCCUGAGGAAUACAAUGCAUGUCAGAGCACUUUUCUGCUUAAUGAGCAUGAUGAUCUGUGCUCUGGAGAGAAACUCGAUGGCUCUAUUGUCCCUUGGAAAUCCCUCAGAUAUUGUGAGUAUCCCAGUCAGCAUCAAAGCAUCCAGACAUUGCCACACAUUUUUGAACACAGUGUACAAAGAAAUACCUUCAACAGCGAAGCAAUGUUCUAUACACACAAGUCAGAUCUUAUAGCACAUCAGGGGACACAUACAGGAGAAAACCCAUGUAACUGUAGUGAUUGUGAGAAACCUUUCAUCUGUAAGCCAAACUUUACUGUCCAGCACAGAAUUAGCUCGUCGGAGAAGUCCUAUUGGUGCAAUGAGUGCGGGAAAACGUUUUGCCGCAAGUCAAACCUCCAUCGCCAUCAGAGGACUCACACGGAGGAAAAGAACAAUGAAUGCAAUAAAUGUGGAAAAAGCUUUUACCAGAAGUCAGAUCUUAUCAUUCAUCAGAGAAUUCACACCGGGGAAAAGCCCUACGAAUGCAGUGACUGUGGGAAAACCUUCUGCCGAAAGUCGAGCCUCCGGACACAUCAGAGACUGCACACAGGUGAGAAACUAUACGAAUGUAAAGAGUGUGGGAAAACCUUCUUCUAUAAGUCAUCUCUCUCGCAGCAUCAGAGAACAUUGCAUCAGCAAACUCACACAGGGGGCAAACCCUAUGAAUGUAGUGAUUGUGGAAAGAAGUUCUGCAGGAAGGCAAACCUCAUCAUGCAUCAGCAAACACAUACUGGGGAAAAACCCUAUGAGUGCAAUGAGUGUGGGAAAACGUUCUUCAGGAAGACGAGCCUGAGCAGGCAUCAGCAAACUCACACAGGGGAAAAACCCUUUGAAUGUAACGACUGUGGAAAAGCCUUUUAUCUCAAGUCAAAUCUACUUAUCCAUCGCAGAACUCACACGGAGGGGAAAGCUUUUCCGUGCAAUGAAUGUGGGAAAGCCUUUUACCAGAAGUCAUACCUGAUCAUCCAUCAGAGAUCUCAUACGGGAGAGAAACCGUAUGGGUGUAAUGAGUGUGGAAAAUCCUUCUGUCAGAAGGGGCACCUUGCCCAGCAUCACCGGACACACACGGGAGAGAAGCCAUUUGAAUGUCACGAUUGCGGGAAAACGUUCUCCCAGAAGUCCCACCUGAGCACACAUCACAGAAUCCACACAGCUGAGAAACCCUAUAAAUGUGCUGAGUGCGGGAAGACGUUCGUCCAGAAGUCAACGCUCAGGGGACAUGAGCGGAUCCACACGGGAGAGAAGCCCUACGAGUGUCCCGAGUGUGGGAAGACUUUUGUUCAGAAGUCCACCCUGAGAGACCAUCAGAGAAUUCACACCGGGGAGAAGUCAUUCCAGUGUCACGAAUGCGGGAAGACUUUUGGCCAGAAGUCCAACUUAAGAAUCCAUCAGAGGACUCACAGCGGGGAGAAGACUUACCAGUGUACGGCGUGCGGAAAAUCCUUUUGGCGAAAAGACCAUCUCAUUCAACAUCAGAAAAUUCACACGGGAGAGAAACCGUUUAAAUGUCACGAAUGUGGGAAAACUUUCGCCCGGACAUCAACCCUGCGGGUGCAUCAGAGAAUUCACACUGGAGAAAAGCCAUUUAAAUGCAACGAAUGUGGUAAACAUUUUGUCCGCAAAGCGAUUCUUUGUGAUCACCAGAGAACUCACACGGGGGAGAGGCCCUUUCGGUGUAACAAAUGUGGGAAAAGUUUUGGCCAGAAAUCUAACCUUAGGAUACAUGAGAAAAUUCACAGGGGGGAGAAAUCUUACGAAUGUCGUGAAUACAGGGGGUUUUAUGAAAAGUCAGCCUUGUAUGACAGGACUCAGGGAGGGUUAACGCUCUGUUGAUGUCAUAACUGGAAAAC